AACUUGUUCGUUCUUUCUUUCUUCAUCAAUAAUAUCAUCAUCCUCAUUUUAUAUAUAGUCUUCAUUCAAGCGUUUUACUACAUCCAACAAAGUGUUCUCCCAAAUCAUCAAUCCAAGUUAUCUCAAGCUAAUUAAGCCUAAAAAAGAGGAUUCAUCACUUGAAGGAAAAAUGUUCAAGAACUUUGGAACCUCAAUAUUGGUGCCUUCUGUCCAAGAGCUAGCAAAGCAGCCAAUCAUAGAAGUUCCAGAAAGAUAUCUUCAACCAAAUCAAGACCCUGUUGUUGUGUCAAAUACAACUUCUUUACAACAAGUUCCAGUCAUUGAUCUUAGUAAAUUGUUAUCUGAAGAUGCAACUGAGCUAGAGAAGUUUGAUCAUGCAUGUAAAGAAUGGGGGUUCUUCCAGCUGAUUAAUCAUGGAGUCGACCCUACAUUGGUGGAAAAUAUUAAAAUAGGGGUUGGAGAGUUCUUAACUCUUCCAGCAGAAGAGAAGAAGAAACUUUUGCAAACGUCGGAUGAUAUGGAGGGUUUUGGUCAAUUGUUUGUUACAUCUGAGAAUCAAAAGUUAGAAUGGGCAGAUUUAUUCUACACUACAACUCUUCCGUCUCAUGGAAGGAAUCCCCGCUUAUUUCCAAAUAUUCCACAACCAUUCAGAGAUAAUUUGGAUACAUAUUGUUUAGAAAUGAAAAAAGUUUGCAUCACAAUCAUCAAACAUAUGGAAAAAGCUCUUAAAGUUGAACCAAAUGAAAUGCUAAAAGUACUUGAUGAUAUGGUUCAAUCAAUGAGGAUGAAUUACUACCCUCCAUGUCCCCAACCAGAAAAUGUCAUUGGACUGAAUCCUCAUUCUGAUGCUGGUGCCUUAACCAUCCUUCUCCAAGCCAAUGAGAUUGAAGGUCUCCAAAUAAGAAAAGAUGGACAAUGGAUUUCUAUUAAACCACUCACCAAUGCUUUUGUCAUAAAUGUUGGAGACAUGUUGGAGAUAAUAACCAAUGGAAUUUAUCGGAGUAUUGAACAUCGAGCUAUCGUGAACUCAAAUAAAGAGAGGAUUUCAAUUGCUACAUUUCACAGUGCUAAAAUGAGCAAAGUUAUUGGUCCAACACCAGGACUUGUUACUCAAGAAAGGCCUGCAUUGUUCAAAACACUUACUGUAGAAGAAUACUUCAAAGCAUUCUUUUCAAAUGAGCUAAAAGGGAAAUCAAGCCUUGAUGUUAUGAGAAUACAAAAUGAGAAUAAUAAGUGAUAAAAAUAUAUAGUAUAAGUGAUAAAAAUAUAAGCAAAAGUUAACAAAAGUAACUUUAUUAAGGUAACUUAUACGAAGUGGUCCAUGGUGGACCAGUCAUGAAUAAUAUUAUAACGAAUACGAAUUUUACAAAAUUCACCGUUGGAUUGAAAAUUUAUAUCAUAUAGAUCAUCCAUAGAAAAAUUUAGAAAAAUUAAAAAUCAUUUGAUAUGUUAUUGAGACACAUCAAAAUUAACAGUUUAUUAAAUAACGUAAAUCUUGAUGGGUCUCAAUAACAUAUCAAAUGAUUUUCAAAAAAUUUUAAAAAUGGUCUAUAUGACAUAAACUUUCAAUACAACAAUGAAUUUCGUAAAAUUCAUAUUCGGUAUAUGGUAUAUCACUUGUCCACGGUGGACCAUUUUUAAAGGUGGUCCACCGUAGCAUUAGCCCUUUAUUAAAUGCUAUCAUUCCAAAAGUACCCCUAAUUAAUUGUUCAACUUUUUUACAUGAUUGUAGAGUUCCAAUGCAAAUUUAAUAUAUUAGAAGGUCAUUUUAGGAA